AUGGUGUUGAACGAUAAUUCGUCUCUUUCGGGUCACAUCCCUCAAUCAUAUAUUGAACCUUCUACUCAACAACUGAAGCCUGUCUAUCGUCAGGAUCCAAUCGCUGUCGUUGGUCUUUCAAACCGCCUGCCUGGUCAUAGCAACACACCCACGAAAUUAUGGGAGUUCUUAGAACGUGGUGGAGUCGCUGAGAAUACCCCACCGAAGUCACGAUUUAGCCUUGACGGACAUUAUGAUGGCUCUCUCAAACCUCACACAAUCAAGACACCGGGUGCCAUGUUCCUGGAGGACAUGGACCCGGCAGAAUUCGAUGCAGCGUUUUUCAAUAUCUCCCGCACCGAUGCUAUUUCGAUGGACCCUCAGCAGAGGAUGCUUCUGGAAGUCGUCUAUGAGGGCCUUGAAAAUGCUGGAAUCAGCCUUGAAAAAAUUAGCGGCGACGCAUUUGGAUGUUUCGUUGGUUCAUACGCCGUUGAUUAUCAGGACAUGCAAAUGAGAGACCCCGAAGAUCGACCAUCAGGAAUCACUAUUGGUGCCGGCCGGGCUAUUCUAAGCAACAGAAUCAGUCAUUUCCUAAAUAUAAAAGGGGCAAGUAUGACCAUUGAUACUGCUUGCUCAGGCAGUCUGGUGUCCGUUGAUGUGGCCUGUCGCUACUUACAAACACGUCAACUAAGCGGCGCCAUUGUAGCCGGCGCCAAUCUUUAUAUGAGCCCAGAUCAGAAUCAAGAUAUGGGCGCAAUGCGGACUGCCUCGUCUGCAACCGGAAAAUGUCACACAUUUGAUGCCAAAGCCGACGGAUAUUGCAAGUCCGAGGCUGUGAACUGUGUCAUCCUGAAGCGGCUUGAAGACGCACUGCGAGAUGGUGACCCAAUUAGAGCGAUCAUUCGUGGCACCGCAACGAACUCAGAUGGCUGGACGCCAGGAAUUGCGAGUCCAAGCGCAGAGGCACAAGCCGUUGCAAUUCGCGCCGCAUACGCAGCCGCGGGUAUAGAUGAUGGCUUCCACCAGACUAACUAUUUGGAAUGUCACGGGACAGGAACUCUGGCAGGGGAUCCUGUCGAAGUAGCUGCUGCUGCGUCUGUUUUAUGCGAAGGUCGAUCCCCGAGUAAUCCUCUUAUAAUAGGAUCAAUCAAGAGUAAUAUUGGUCACUCGGAGCCUGCAGCGGGAGUAUCUGGUCUCCUCAAGGCAGUGCUCGCAAUUGAGAAGGGAAUCAUACCUGGCAACCCGACAUUCGUCGAUCCAAAUCCUCGAAUUGACUUUGAUGGCCUCAAGGUUCGCGCUUCUCGGACGUCAAUUAGAUGGCCAGAUACAGGCAAACGCAUUGCGAGUGUGAACUCAUUCGGAUAUGGUGGCUCUAAUGCACAUGUUGUCUUACAAGAUGCCCAGUCAUUCUUGAAGGAUUAUCAAAUUCGGCCGCACACGUCAUCUUUUGCUGCGAGAAAUUUCGACAAUUUUUUGGACGAUGAUGAUGAUGUUGGAGAUGCAGCACUUGCCAGGCCAAAUAUCUUGGUCUUUUCAGCAAACGAUGAACCCUCGCUCAAAUCUUACUAUGACGCCCUGAAACGACAUCUGAUUAAUCCCGUUGUGAAUAUCAAGUUAUCUGAUCUGGCAUAUACUCUUUCGGAACACCGAAGCCGACAUUUCUACAGGGGUUACCUGGUGACAACCAAGCUCGAUCUGCCAGAGGGCGCUCUUGUGAUAGGCAAGAAAAGUAGUGAGGUUCCCAAGGUUGGCUUCGUGUUCACCGGUCAGGGAGCUCAGUGGUCGCAAAUGGGUAAGGGGAUUAUUGACCAUUAUGAUGGAGCCAGGCCACUGUUGCAGCGUCUAGAUGCUGCCCUUCAAAAAUUGCCGACCCCCCCAAGCUGGUCGAUUAUUGAUGAAUUAUACGAAAUACGCAGUCCGGCGCAUCUUCGUCGUCCAGAAUUCUCACAGCCCUUAGUCACCGCACUCCAACUAGUUAUCCUGGCUGCGUUGACCGAAUGGGGCAUACAUGCUCAGAGUGUUGUCGGCCACUCCUCUGGCGAAAUUGCUGCUGCGUGUGCAGCGGGAUAUCUUACUCCGGAAGAUGCCAUCAAAAUUGCGUUUUACCGCGGUCAAGCAGCGAAAGAACUUGAAUCAGAAGCACACGAUGCCGUUGGAAUGAUGGCUGCCGGGCUUGGUGCCGCGGAGGUAGAGCGAUACCUCUCUGGAGUCGCUGAUACCGUUCAGAUUGCUUGCUUUAAUAGCCCCAGCAGCGUCACCCUUUCCGGCAAGGUGGCAGAUCUAGAAGUCGUCAGAGAACGACUGCAAGCUGACUCUCACUUUGCCCGAAUGCUUCAGGUCAAUUUGGCAUACCAUUCCAAGUAUAUGAAGGCAAUCGGCGAGAAAUACGAAACUCUUCUAAAGGAUAACUGCGAUAAGCCGCUGAACGGCAAUCCGGCCGUGUCCUUGUUCUCUUCUGUCACCGGAAUCAACCACAAUGAGCCGAUGGGCGCGUUAUACUGGAAGACUAACAUGGUGUCUCCGGUUCGCUUCGACGAGGCAUGUACCUCACUUUUGUCCGAGCGUAACGCUGCUGAUUUUCUGAUUGAAAUUGGUCCAAGUGGCGCAUUGGCGGGCCCAGUUGGACAGAUCAAGAAGGCCCUACCAGGUCAAGGCGCAAAUAUUCAAUACUUUGCUUCCUCCAAGAGAGGCCCAGAUUCAUUCAACGCGCUGUUUGACGUUGUGGGACGUCUUUUCAUUUCUGGACUGCCAGCCAACAUUCGCAAAGUCAAUAGAGAUGAAAGGCUUACCGACUCUCUCAACCCAUCAACGAUUGUUGAUCUGCCAAACUACACCUGGAACCAUAGCACUAAGUACUGGCACGAGAGUGAGGCGAGUAAGGAGUGGCGAUAUCGACCUUAUGUCCAUCAUGACCUUCUUGGAUCCAAGAUCCUCGGUACAGCUUGGUCAGCACCCACUUUCUCCAAGAUUCUGGAUAUCAAGGACAUACCUUGGUUGAAAGACCACAAAAUGGGUCCAGAUACCGUCUUCCCUGCCGCUGGAUUUUGUGCCAUGGCUGUCGAAGCUCUUUUCCAGAGUACUCAAAAGACCAAUGCCGUUGAUGGUGUUUCGAAAGCGAACCAACUCUGCUACAGGCUGCGAGAUGUCAAGUUUGAUAAUGCGCUGGUUCUCGAUGACAACGAGCCUACCAAAAUCAAAACAAUCCUCUCUCCUUAUGCUACCGGAUCUAAAGGAUCCUGGUAUCAAUUUAAGGUCAUUUCAUCUCAGGAUGAUGUAAUUCGAGAGCAUUGCUCUGGCCUGGGUCGAUUAGAGAACAUUUCUUCCGAAGAUGUCUCCAGUGUUGAUGCGGAACCACUCAAACAUACUUCGCCAGGACACCUCUGGUACAAGGCCAUGGCCGAUGCAGGUUAUGGAUUUGGUCCUGCCUUUCAAAGGCAACUUGAAGUUGAGUCUACUUCUGGGCAGCGUACCAGUCGCUCUCUUGUUGACCUUAGAGAGCCACCAUCCGCAUGGUCAAUUCAGUCUCCAUACCCAUUACACCCAGCAUGUAUAGAUGGGUGCUUUCAGACAGUGACUCCCUCUCUCGUCGCUGGUAUCAGAUCGAAUAUCAAGUCUGUGCUCAUUCCCGCCUUGAUUGAUGAUCUGGUCAUCUUCCCAAACACUUCGCGCCCAGACAGAGGAGUCUCGGUGACGAGCUCCAAAUACGUGGGUAAAGGCCGGCAAGAUGACGAUAAGAACUACACUUCCAGCUGUACCGUCCAUGAUCCAGAGACCCAGAAAACGAUAUUGCGUCUUACAGGCCUGCACUAUCAUCGCCUCGACACCGGCACAGAUCCCCUGGCAUCGCACACGCUCAAUUGCGUCACAUGGAGGCCCGAUGUGACUUUCAUUUCAUCCCAACAACCUUUUCCCUCGAUCAAAUCGGACUUACCAGAGACUCUUGACUAUUUGAUCGAUUUAGUGGCACAUAAGAAGCCGGGAUUAAAUAUCCUGGAGAUUAAUCUCGACAGCGGGGACGAGUCGACUGUGUGGUUUGGAAAAGGCGACAAACAAAUCAGAGCGGCAUAUCAGGUAUACAAUUUCAUCUCAGCGGAUGCGGUUGCCCUGGUCAAUGUUGAGAGCGAACUUGGGUCUCAAAGAAGUGCAAGUUUCUCCCUCUCGGACUUAACAAAGCCCGACGCCAUCCCCUUUGAUGCCAAGUUUGAUCUUGUCAUUGUGAAAGCGGUAGAAGUAGCUGCCAACAUUGCAUCUCAAGUGGUUUUGAAUGCUCAUUCUGCAGUUGCUCCUGGAGGCCACGUCUUAUUCGCUCAAUAUGGAACGAUCUCCACAUCUCAGGCAGUCCUAAUUAAUGGCUUUGCCCAUGGAGAGGAUCUUGAGACCAUUAUUAGCUCCAGCGGGCUUCAUAUUGUGUCCAAGGUUAUCUUCGACAAACACCGGAACAUACAUCUCGCACGAUUGGUUCCGCCUGAAUCUGCUCCAACUUCAACAUCCACAGCAGUCAAAUUGGUGAACUUCCGCUCUGCCACCGCUCUGAUUGCAAGCAUCAAGUCCGAGCUACUACAAGCUGGCCAUAUCAUUGAAGAACAUGAUGCGAGAAGUCCUAUCUCUCAGGAUGACAUUGUGAUGGUCCUAGAUGAGCUCUCUGACCCUCUUCUCACAAGUAUUUCUGGAUCUGAAUGGGACGCUGUGAAAAACAUCAUCAGCCAGCGCUCAAAGCUUCUUUGGGUCACAAGUGGCUCGCAGAUAAAUGUCACUCAUCCUAAUUUGGCGCUUGUGCAUGGCUUGUUCAGGACAAUUCGUGCAGAGGAUCCGGGGUUGAGCUUGACCACACUAGAUGUGGAAUCACCAGCCGCUCCUUCCACUAUCUCCGCCAUCUCAAGCUUAAUUAAGGCCUUGACGAUUCCAGCAGCCAAGACAUCGGUCGAGAGUGAGUAUGUCGAGCGCGGUGGGGUCAUUCAUGUGAGCAGAAUCCUUCCGGACGGUCCAGUGAACGCAUUCAAGGACACGGAGUCAACAGGUGAAAAGUUAGAAGUGCUACCGCUGCAUGAAAAUGAGAAUUGCACCCGACUAAGAGCAGAGCGUCUUGGCACGCUCGACUCUCUCGUCUUUGGCGAAAUCGCUGCAAAAGAGCUUCCUAUCCGAGAGAACUGUGUCGAGGUCGAGAUAUAUGCCGCUGGGUUGAAUUUCAAGGAUGUCGCUGUAACAAUGGGUAUUGUCCCAGAGAACGAGCACCUGCUUGGAUUAGAGGGUGCGGGUAUCGUCAGGCGAGUCGCGAAGGAUGUGACACGGUACAAGCCUGGCGAUCGAGUGGUGGUCUUCGAGAAGGGAACUUUUGCAAAUAGAAUUCAGGUUACGAGCGAGCGAACUCACCACAUUCCAGAUGAUCUAGCUUUCGAAGAUGCCGCCACUAUUGUAGGAGUCUAUCUUACAUCUCUCUACUGCCUAAUCAACCUGGGUAAUAUUACCGAGGGAAAGUCUGUCUUGAUACAUUCGGCAGCUGGAGGCAUCGGCAUCUCAGCUAUCAGACUCGCUCAAUAUAAAAAAGCCGAGAUUUUUGUCACAGUCGGUACCGAAGACAAGCGUCGGUUCUUGACAGAGACAUUUGGUAUUCCGGCCUCACAUAUGUUCUCCUCACGAUCAACCAGCUUUGCAAAGGAUAUUCUAGCUGCGACAAAUGGACGUGGGGUAGAUGUCAUACUGAACUCGCUCACCGGCGAGCUUCUCGACGAAUCCUGGAGAAUCUGUGCCGAUGGCGGAACUAUGGUCGAGAUUGGCAAGAGAGAUAUUCUUGAUCGUAACCAGUUGUCGAUGGAACCCUUUGACCGAAAUUGCUCUUUCCGAGCUCUUGAUUUCUCCCACAAGCAGAUUACUGACGUUUUAAUUGCCGACCUCCUGACUCAAAUCUUCGAUCUAUAUGCAAAAGGAUACGUUAAACCCGUUCAUCCGAUCAGAACCUUCUCAUUUACAGAUAUCCCAUCUGCAUUUGCCUACAUGCGUUCUGGCAAGCACAUAGGAAAGAUUGUCAUUUCUGACAGCAAAGACGCAAACGUAAGCGUACCCAUUCGUCGUGCUCCAAAGACACUGGCACUCAAGCCCGAUGUCGCGUAUCUCAUCGUCGGCGGUUUGAAGGGUCUUUGUGGCAGCUUAGCUAUUUCGCUGGCUCAGAACGGUGCGCGCAAGCUCGUCGUUAUGUCACGCAGUGGCUGUGGCGAUGACAGGUCGCAACGUAUCAUCAAGGACUGCUUAUCACAUGGAUGCACCAUCUACGUUGCAAGUGGAGAUGUUUCAAACAUAGCAGAUGUGAGGAGGGCCUUUGAAAGCGCUCAAGUGCAGGUCAGAGGCGUUGUGCAGGGUGCUAUGGUUUUGAGGGAUAAACCUUACGAGGCCAUGACAGUUGAUGAGUACCAUACAACAAUCUCCAGCAAGGUGUCUGGUACUUGGAAUCUGCACAAGGUCGCACUUGAGAAGAAUAUAGAGCUCGACUUCUUCACUCUGUUGUCCAGCGUCUCUGGAAUUGUAGGACAGAAGGGCCAAGCAAACUAUGCAGCGGCGAACGUUUUCAUGGACGCCUUCGCCUCAUACCGCCAGUCUCUAGGCCUCCGUGCCAACUCAACUGAUCUGGGUGUUAUCGAAGAUGUUGGCUAUGUCGCUGAACAAGGGGGAAUGCAACAACACUUUGACAAGACGCUCUGGACGGGCAUCAACGAGAGCAUGUUAUGCAAGAUCCUUGGAUACUCUAUUCUCCAGCAACUCGAUCCACUCAAUUCAGACACCAGUUCGCAGCUCAUCACUGGCAUUAUGGUCCCUCAGCCGGAGGACUCUACACUGCUCAAAGACGCCCGCUUCAGCGGUCUUUGUAUCCCUACUGACGACGAUGGUUUGGGCCCAUCCAAAUCAGGUGAUGAUGCGAGCAAGGACAUCAAGACCUUCUUCGUGCUGCUGCGUUCCAAAGCGGAGGCUCCUGUCGUGCUCACCUCUGCCGUCGACAUCGUCAACAAGCAAUUCACGAAGAUGCUCCGGCUGCCCAAUCUCGUUGAGCCCGGGAAAGCGUUGACGGCAUACGGACUGGACUCGCUGGCGUCUGUGGAACUGCGGAAUUGGAUUCGCAAUGAGUUAGGGGCCGAGCUAACGACUUUGGAGAUUAAUAAUGCGCCGUCUUUGUUUUCGCUGUGUGAGAAGAUCAUUUCAAAGAUAAAGAUUAGUUAG